AUGACCCAAGACGAAGUCUACCUCCAAGUCCUCGCAGCGUCAGGUGAAAGAUCCGAUCAGAAAAAUGCCAGGAAAGUCCUCUCUCUCUUGAAGCAAGGGAAACAUUGGAUUCUCGUGGCUCUGCUCCUCGGCAAUACAAUGACCAAUGAGGCUUUGCCGGUUGUGCUAGACGACAUGCUGGGUGGUGGGUUAGGAGCGGUAGUGGGUAGUACCGUGCUGAUCGUGAUAUUCGGCGAAAUCAUACCGCAGUCCAUUUGUGCGCGCCACGCUCUCAGAGUCGGUGCGUGGAUGGUGUCCUGUGUUGAAAUCUUCAUGUAUAUUAUCUCUCCGGUCGCGUGGCCUAUUGCAAAGUUGCUUGAUCUGCUCGUUGGACGCAAUCACGGCACGAUCUAUAAGAGGUCCGAGCUCAUGGCUCUCUUCUCUUUUCACAAGACGUUGGGCAAGCCCGAUGAACGACUGAACUUUGAUGAAGUGAUGAUUGUGCAUGGGGCGCUUGGUAUGAGGGACAGAUCUGCUGCUUGUAUCAUGACCCCCAUCGCGGAUGUCUUCUCUCUGUCUGCUGACGCUGUCUUGGACGAGUACACCAUGGAGCGCAUUCAUCUGAAGGGAUACUCUCGGAUUCCCGUGCACGCUCCUGACAACCGGAGACGAAUUGUCGGCUUGCUUCUCGUGACGAACUUGGUUAGGUACAACCCGAAGUCUUGCAAACGAGUGCGCGAUUUUACCCUGGACCCGGCUCGGGCGGUACAUUCAAGUACGAAUUGCUUAAGCAUUUUGAAGAUGUUCCGACAAGGGGUUUACCACAUGGUUCUCGUCUCUGAUAGUCGGAGGAAUCCACACCAAGCCAUUGGCAUCCUCACACGAGAGGACGCCGUUGAAGAGUUGAUCGGAGAAGAGAUCUUGGACGAGUAUGACGAUCUGAAAAAGAAUGAGCAGCGAGUGACUCGUCAGCGGAACCGUUUCCCUUUGCCCAAUGUCUCUUCGCGGAAGAUCAUUGCACGGCGUCCUUCAUAUGCAAUCUCGGCUCCACAGGGGGAACUCAUCAACCUCGAGCCAGUGGAAACUGCCAUCUUUCAAAAAUUCGGUGCCGUUGAUUUGUUCAGCGCUGCGAAUCAGUGGAGCUCUAUUCAGCAUGUGAUCUCUAUAUCUGAAGUGCCGGCGGAGAGUUGA